CCCAGAUGGAUGGAGACCUUUGAGAUCAGAAGUAAGGCGACAGAGUUUGGCUCCAGCUCCCCCUUGGAAAUGCAGUUUGUGUCGGUGCUACUGCACUAAACACUUUCUCAGUGGUGUGUUUAAACUCACAGCAACGGUGAACCGCUGAACACAUCGAAGAUUGGACACUGAGAAAUGAGGGAACCUGCACUGUUAUAAGGAUGAAGAUUGCUCAUCGUUGCAAGGAUGAAGAUUAUCUGAAAGUGUUUAUGUGCAUCGCAGUAACAUUGAUGUUUGUACCUGGGGAUCAUGAUGCAGAUGCAUUCCCCACCUGGAAACGUCAGUUAGAAAGAGUUUCCACUUUGAUGCGGCUGGAUGUGGAACAUCCAUUGAGGGAACGGCCAGUUCGCCAGAAGAGAUACACAUUAACUCCACAGAUGCUGAGAUGGAAUCACUUCAAUCUGACCUACAAAAUUUUAUCCUUUCCAAAGACAAUGAACGAAGAGGACACGAAGAAGGGGAUUGCAGCUGCUUUUCAGAUGUGGAGUAGUAUUUCUCCUUUCAAUUUUACUGAGGUUCCUCCUGAUGUCAGGUCUGAUAUUCAAAUAGGAUUUUAUUCCAUAAAUCACACGGACUGCCUGCAGAUUCCUUCGCAUCCUUGUUUUGAUGGAAUAACGGGAGAAUUGGCACAUGCUUUCUUCCCAACCAAUGGUGAAAUCCAUUUUGAUGACUAUGAGCACUGGAUAUUGGGGAAAACCCGUUUCAGCUGGAAGAAAGUGGUGUGGCUGACUGACCUGGUGCACGUGGCUGCCCACGAGAUCGGACACAGCCUCGGUCUAAUGCACUCACAGAAUCCGAAUGCGAUUAUGAACAGAAAUGCCACUCUGCUGGGAAAGGACCAAAUCACCCAGGAUGACAUGUGGGGCAUCUGGAGACUUUACGGUUGCCUGGACAGACUGGACGAAUGCCCUUCCUGGGCACAGAAUGGUUCCUGUGAAAGUCGUCAUGCAUUAAUGAUGAAGCAUUGUCCAUACAGUUGCAGCUUCUGCAGAGACCCGCCUGUUCCCACCAUUCCUCCCACACCUAUUCCUCCCAGGACCAAGGUCAAGCGAGUUCCCAAAGGCAGAAAGGUGACAAUUCGCUGUGGACAAAAGAUUGCCCAUAAGAAGGGAACUUUGAAGUGGUACAAGGAUGGCGAACUGUUGCAGUUUUCAUACCCUGGAUACCUGUUCAUGAAGGAUAACAGGCUUAGCAUCAUCGCCAAUGCAAUUAACGAAGGAACGUACACGUGCGUGGUGAAGAAAGAUGGGAGAAUCCUCACGAAAUAUUCCUGGAAACUAAAGGUUAAAGUAUAGGAGACCUUUUGAAUACAUACAUAGAGGUUUGAUCAGAAUUUGUGAUUAUUUUAACAACUUUGCUGAACAUUAUUAUGGUGAAGUAGUUCAGAGCAGUGCCUGUGAACGUGGAAUUGGCUGUGUGGGCUGCAAAUAGCAUUAGAUGUAGAGCAACAAUUGGUGAUGAUGCAUUAAACUGCAAAAGUUCCCUGGGCCAGAACAUUCAGCAGGUUAUAGCUAUGUCCUUUGUUCCAGGCAACACACUAUGCCUGUAAGAUUCAAAAUGGUGAAUGCGAAGGGAAACUCAGGUUGUGGUUGAACUGCUGUCUUACAAGGUGUGAGAUAAGAUGGUGCACGAUACUAAUUGUAUUGAAAACAUGAAAUAAAUAAAAAUUGGUCUGAAAUUAGACUUCAACUUGGCAUCCUUUCUAGUUUGGGUCAACAGCUGGUCAGUUACCUGGAUGGAGGUUGUUGUGCAGGUUUGAGACUGGACGAGAGAAAACAUGUUCUGUGAGGUACAGGGUGAAGCUUUCACGCACCAGUCCCCAGUCAGCACCGGUAUGCGUGAUGCCAUUACGGCUCGGGGAUCAGAGUUCAAUUCUGGUGUCCUCUAAGAGCUUGUACGUUCUCCCCGUGAAUGUGUGGGUUUCGUCCAGGUGCUCUGAUUUCCUCCUACAGUCCAAGGACGUACCAGUUAAUUGGCAAUGUAAAUUGUCCUUUG